AUGGAGCUUGAUGAGAAUGAAAAUAAGAACAUUAAUAACAUUCUCUCAAGGAACGAUUCUGUGGGAUUCUCUGACUUUCGAUGUAACGAAGGAGUGCCAUUCCAAUGGGAAAUGCAACCUGGAAUCCCAAAACAUCCUCAGCAGCAACAAAACAUUAUUCCUCCAUUGACGCCACCACCUGCGAUUCUCAGCUCCAACCUUCCUUGGCCUUCUAUUUCGGAUCAUUCACAGUUCUCCAAGCCUUCUUCUUCUUCCUCCUCGUCUUCUUCAAACUGGUCUACCAGGUUUCGAUUUUGGAAGAGAAAAGCUAUCGUAAUACUCAUCAAGAAACAGACCCGUAGGAGUAAGAAUGUCGUCAGAGAAGGCUCACAAGAAUAUGGUGAUAGUUUCGAUGCAUUUGCAGGAGUAAAGAGCUUGUCUGAUCGUGAAUCUGUGGCUAUGUCUUUGCCCUUUGAUUCGAGCUUGUCUUCUUCUUCUUCAAGUCGCUCACAGAGUCCUAUCAGAGGAAUAUAUGGGAAGCCUUUGAGUUGCUUUCCAGUGUAUGUGAGCAAAUUCCAUGUUUCUUUUGCGAGGCGAGAUUGAUGUUAUCAUACUUCUCAUACGUUUCUUUUAUUUUGUGGGGAAGCGUUGGAUGAAAUAUGAUACGUUAUUAUUUGUGGUUUAUAAAUAUUUAU